AUGCAUUAAUUUGAGAAUGAAACAAAUAAAUUUUUGGAAGAACUAAAAAAUGGAUCCAGCAACAUUCUAGUAGCAAUAAGAGUCAGGCCUCUAAAUUUGAAGGAAAGAGGUGUUUCAGAGUUUGAAACCAUUCGAAUACUCGAUGGCAAGAUGAUAGUGUUGAUGGAUCCAGAAUCGGAGAGAGAAGAUGAAUUAUUAAGAAAAAAUAGGUUGAAGGAAACUAACUUUGCAUUUGAUUUUGUUUUUGAUCAAUGGGCUCCUCAAUAGAAGAUCUACGAAAACACCACCGAGUUUUUAUUGGAGGGAGUAUUGGAAGGAUUCAAUACCACUGUAUUUUGCUAUGGCGCAACAGGUUCUGGCAAAACCUUUACGAUGAUAGGAACCUAACAAGAUGUUGGUUUGAUGCCCAGAGCAUUGCAAUCCCUUUUUAAUUUCUCUCAAUCGGAUCGAUUCAAAGACACUUAAUUCAAGGUCUCUUACGUUGAAAUCUAUAAUGAGAACAUACGAGAUUUAUUGACAUCAGAAGAUAAAAAUUUAGAAAUUAGAGAAGACAAAAAUAAUGGAAUACAAAUAGCUGGUGUCAUUGAAAUCGAAGUUAAAACAGUUACUGAAGUCUUGUCCCUUUUAAAAGUUGGAAAUAGAAAUCGAUCCAAAGAGGCAACCGAUGCGAACAAAGAGUCAUCUAGAUCUCAUGCUAUCUUAUAAGUUUAAGUCGAAUGCAAAGACAAGGCCUCUGGAUUACAGGAACAAAUCAUUCAAAGCAAAUUCAGUUUGGUGGAUUUAGCAGGUAGUGAAAGAGCUGCCAAUACAAACAAUAGAGGCCAAAGAAUGAUAGAGGGAGCAAAUAUCAACAAAUCGUUGUUAGUUUUAGGCAAUUGCAUCUAAUCACUGUCAGAAGCUAAUGAAAAAGGAAUCAAAAAUCCAUUCAUACCUUUUAGAAAUUCUAAAUUAACCAGAUUGUUGAAAGACUCCCUAGGUGGUAAUUGCAGAACCGUAAUGAUUUCUAAUGUUACCCCAGCUGUCAGUAGUUUUGAGGAAACCUACAAUACAUUGGUAUAUGCAAAUAGAGCCAAGAACAUUAAAACUGUUGCCAAUAGGAAUGUCUUAGUUGCAUAAAAUCAUAUCAGUAAUUAUGCCCUGUUAAUUUAAAAUCUACGAUAAGAAAAUGAAGAACUCAAGUAAUUGAUUCAAUAAUAACAACUGAAUUCCAUUACUCCUUAAACAAGGUUGCCAUCUCUUAAUUAAAAAACUAUUCCAGUUCCCCCAAUAAUGACUUUGAAAUAAUAAGUCAAUGAUUUGGAAUCUAUGAUCAAUCAAAAUAUAUCCGAUAUUAUUGAGGCUAAAAACAAUUUAUACGAAAUUGAACAAUAGCAAAAUCAUUUUCAACAGAAUAUAGGAUUCCUGCAAUAUCAAAAGGGACGCUCUUUGGAUAAGUUUGAUUAGAUAAAAAUAAUGGAGAAAAUUGAUAAUGCCAAAACACAAAAAGCUAUUCUCAAAUAAAGUGAAGAUGACAUGAAACAGCAAUUACUUGAAUAUGACAUCAAGAAAGUUGAUAUUUAAAAGUAGAUCUAAUAAAUCCCUGAUUUAAGUUAAAAGACUUAUUUGUAAGGAAUCCUCAAAUAGGGAGAACUAAAGAUAGAAAAUGUUGAGUUACAAAUUUACGAAAAAAGAAGAAGAUACCAGGAAUCUAUACAAGAUGAGUAAGUCAGACAAUUGAGAACUUAAAUUCAUUAGCAAUAAUAAACUAAACAUGUUUAAAGUGCAAAAUCUAAAUCUAGUUAACAAAAUGGGCCAAAAAAAGGUAACUCUCAAUUAUAGUUUAUAGUUCCAAGUCUACCUGGAGUAGAUUCUCCUUAUUAUUUGAUUACAGGAGGAUAAACUUAUGCUAUACAAAGCAAACACUAAAAAAAAAAGUCUCAUCUUAAGUUACCUCCUGUCUUAUAGAUGACUUAAUUGCAAAAAUCUCCCAAAACUUAGAAUACAAGUCUGAAUAGUAAAAAUAUCAAUCUAAUAGGUAAUCCUCUGAAAUAUCGAAUGGCUCAAAGAUACACUACUAGAUUGAAUAGACCACCAUCAUAUCGUCCUCCAAGUUCAUCAAGAAAAUCUGCGAUUGGAAAAUAUGUGAAUAGAUCAUUGGAUUUAGAGAGUGGUAGAGAAAGUGUCAAUAAGAGUUCAGGGGAUCUAUAGAACUCAGUUAGUCUUAGGAAACUUAAAUAAUUGCAUUAAGAAUACCAAUAGUAGAGAUUUGAAAGAGUCAUGAGUGGCAAAAAGAAUUAAAAGUCAAUGCCGUAUUUUGGCAAUAAGAUUCUUUUGCCAGGUAUGGUACACAAAUCACCCUAUGUUAAAAACUUUUAGAACAAUCAAGAGCCUAUUGAAGUAAAAAAGGAGAGAUUGAAAAUGCUGAAUAUUAAUCUUAAAGCUUAGUACGGCGAUAAAUUUUCGCUGUAAAAUUGA